CUCUUUGCAGCUUUGUUUUCAUUUUUCUACUCUCUGCUUAAGAAAAUCUCCUUGAAAAAUGUGUGUCCACCCACUGUAUCAAAUUGUUCACCUCGCUCUCUUUAUUGAACUCAUUUCAGACUCUUGACUCAGUCCCCCCAAUGACUUCACUUGAGAUGCUAUCAUCAGUGGCCUCUACCUGACCAGAUCUGAUGGUCAGUUCUCAGUCUUCAUCUUACUUGACCUCACCUCUAAUGGGCGAGAUGCUCCGGGAAUCAGUUUUCAGCUCCUCUUUCUUGGGAAAUUUCUCAAGGGAAUUUCACAAAAGCCUGUGGUUCUCAAGACCAUCUAUAUGCCACCUUCCUAGUUUAUUUCUCUACUCACACCUCCCUUCUGGACCCUGGGAUUAUAUAUGAAAUUGCCUACCUGACUGCUCCACAUCAAUGUCCUACAGACUUCUCAAAAUUAAUAUCCCUGCAAAAGUAUUUUUUGUUUUCUCCUCUGAUCCUGCUCCUCCCUAAAUAUUUUUCUUCUCAGGAAAUGGAGCAAUCAUGUGAAUGGUUGCUCAGCCCCGUCUCCCCCUUCCAGCUUCCAGCUGGACUCAUUCUUGGAUUCUUUCUCUCCAAUAAGACAUCAAUCUAUAGGUCAAUUCUGUCACACUGGACUUUGAAAUAUAUCCAGAAUCCUACCACUUCUCAAGAUGUCCUCGCACGAACACUUUAGACCAAGCCCUUCUCUCUUAUCUGAACUACUGCAAUAGUCUAAAAACUCAUCUCUGUUUCCUCAUUAGCUCUUGGCAGUCUCCACACAGCAGGCAGAAUACUACUUCUGAGAUAUAAAUCAAGCUAGGUGUCCUUUUCAAAGUCCUCCAAUGGCUUUCCUUCCAAUUAGAAGAAAAUGCAGUCCUUGUUGUAACUUGGUGAACCUAUAUGAUCUGGCCACUCAACGGGCUUCAUCCACAGGCAACUUCUUACUGUCCUUUCUGUGCGCAAAGUGUGUUCCUGCCUCAGGGCAUUUGCCUGGACUUUUCUUCUGCUGUGUUGUCUGACUCCUUCACUUUAUUCACUUUGUUCUGCUCAAAACUCAUCUUUCUAAGAGGUCAAGGAGGUCUGCCUAUUGUCAAUUUUAUCUCUCUCUUUUUUUUUUUUUUUGAAAGUUGUCCAUUCUAAAUGUAGAGGGUGCCUAAGCUAGCAAUGACUAUGGACGAAUGUCUUUUAUUUUUGGAAAAUUAAAUAUUUAAGAUUUAGGGUAUCUAGAUACUUACGACCACUGUACAGCCUAGUGGUAGAAUCAAGACCAUCGCAAAUUGAUUUUGAAUGAAACAAGUCCAUCUUUGGCUUCCUCCAUUUCCGUUUCCCCGUCUCUACUUUCUUAAGCCCUCAUCCAGUUAUCCAAUACGGUGCAGGUUUAUGCUCCAACUCCCUCCCAGGUCUGCUCUUACUCCUGAAGUGUCCAUGCACCAAAGCUACCUACAUCGUCUUCUCCCCAGUCUCUGGAACUUCUCAUUGGUAGUUAGGUGUUUGGAGGAAAAGCCAUUUGCUUUAACUACAGCUGCAAGCUGAGGUGGAUGGCCUUCCCUUAAGUGUCUUCAUCUUUUAUUACUUCCAGCUUUAUUGGUAAAUGAUAUGCAUCUGUGUUGAGUAGUCUUAAGGUCAUUGCCAUCAAAUAUUUAUCUGAAGCUCAUUGAUGAGAAACAAUACUCAGUGGGAUUGUUUAAUAGACACAGAAUCCAUUCACUGUCUAAAACUCCGGUUGGGAGCUAGAUUUUUACAGUUCAACAGAUCUGGGUUCAAAUCCUGUUUCUGCUGCAUAUGAAUUUCGUAGCCUUAAGCAAGUCUCUUGACUCUUUUUUUUUUUUUUCUUUUUUUGAGAUGGAGUCUCACUCUGUCGCCCAGGCUGGAAUGCGAUGGCGUGAUCUCAGCUCACUGCAACCUCCACCUCCUGGGUUCAAGUGAUUCUCCUGCCUCAGCCUCCUCCUGAGUAGCUGAGGUCACACACGCCUGCCACAACGCCCAGCCAAUUUUUGUAUUUUUAGUAGAGAUGGGGUUUCACCAUGUUGGCCAGGCUGGUCUUGAAUUCCUGACCCCAGGUGAUCCACCCACCUCGGCCUCCCAAAGUGCUGAGAUUACAAGCGUGGGCCACCAUGCCCAGCCUCAACUCUUAAGUCUGUUUCCUCAUUUGUAACCCACUGUAUUAGUCCGUUCUCAUACUGCUCUAAAGAACUACCUGAGACUGGGUAACUUAUGAAGAAAAGAGGUUUAAUUGACUCAGUUCCACAGGCUGUACAGGAGGCAUGGCUGAGAAGCCAUCAGGAAACUUAUAAUCAUGGCAGACAGGUGAAGGGGAAGCAACCACAUCUCACCAUGGUGGAAAAGGGGACAGACAGCGCGAAGAGGGAAGUGCUACAUGCUUUUAAACCAUCAGAUCUCGUGAGAACUCACUAUCACAAGAACUGCAAGGGGGAAAUCUGCCCCCAUGAUCCAGUCACCUCCCACCAAGUCCCUCCCCCAACACUGGGAGUUACAAUUCAACAUGAGACUUGAGUGGGGACACAGAGCCAAACCAUAUCACCCAGGGAUAAAGAGUAAUAGUCUUCAUAAUUGAUAUGAGGAUUAAAGGAAUAAUGCUCACUGGGUGCCUGUAUCAGUAAAUAAAUGCUAAUGUUUUUUGUCAUUGUUUUUAUUAUUAUUCUUGGGUCAAGCCAAAUCUCUAAGGAGUUAAUUAUCUUAUCUAACCUAUUCUCCUUUCUCUCUGCCCAGAUUAUUUUACUGAAUGUUGCUGUGGUAGGAAACCUUUAGCUUCCCCUGACCCUCAGUCUAAAGCAGCUUUUCAGAACCCACUGGGGCAUUUACCGGAAGGAAUGCUGUUCCUAAGUUUACACAAUGUUCCUUUUUAUGGGGCCUCCAGGAGAAAUCGGUGUCUGGUGUUAGUGCCAAACAGAGUCGUUCUUUUGAGCAUUUGGUUUAUUUUAAGCUUAUGGAUGGUAAAUUACAUAACCGACCGAGUUUCCCUUUUUGAGUUGGCUGCUCGAAAGCUUACAGCCAGAUCUAUGGCUCAUAGUAAGAAGUACUUCCAUUAUUAUGGGAUGCAUUUCGAGCCUUGUUUCUGCAUUUUGUAUUGCCAUCUUUGCUUUGCUUUUUUUCUUUUAAUCCCUCUUUAAUGUUAUUUAAGUGUCGUUUUAAAAUUUAUCCUUGUAAAUUGCCUUAAAUUAUUUCUGAAACAAGGUGAGGAAUAGAUAGAUACAUAGCUGUAGGUAGAUGAAAUAUGGUUUUAAAUAAUUUGUCAUAGUGCUUAUAUUUAAGGGAGGUUUAAUUUUGAUAAGAAGAUACUUGUGGCAUAAAAUGAAUUUUCCAAUUGGUAAAAUUUCAGACUUUGCAAGAAAGCGGAAGGAAAAAGUAUAAGGUGGGAAUGUUUUUGCAGAAAGGUGAUUUGGGAAACUGCUGGAAGGGGAACCUCUGAAAGGUAGGCAGGUAGGCAGAUGAUGGCUAGGGUGGAAAAGUGCCUGUUGCAUGACUGGAUUGGUUAAUUAACCAUUAUGUGAUCCUCCAAGAUCAGCUUAUAAAAUUAAUUUUCACCUUUCAAAGAGAAGGUAGGAAGAGGUUUAAAGCCAUGGGCUCAGGAGUCAAACAUCUGGAUAGAAGUUCUAACUCUGCCAUUGCCUUGAGCAACUUACUUGACUUUACAGUGCCUCAAUCUCUUCGUUUAUGAAAUGGAGAUGAAGGGCUCAUGGAGUUGUCAUGAGAAUCAGAGGAUGAGCUAGUGACGUGUUUAGAAUAGUGACUGGAACUUAGCAGGAGUCAGUGAAACUCUUUGUACCUCUUUGCUUGAGUCCCUGGGUUUUUAAAAAGUUGCAAACAGUCCAUUUUUUAAAUGGAUUGCAUAGUAAGGUAAGUCAGAUACUGGUGGGGCUGAGUACAUAGCAAUAUUUAUGACAAGUAUGAAUUUUCAUAAAAAUAUAUGCAGUUUAUUAGUUACAUCAUAGAAUUCUAAAAUCUAUCAGGAGUAUUUUAUGGCAACUUCAGAGAAAAGGUAUGCUUCUCUUUCGUGGUCUUUCCAAACAAAGAGGAAAUCAAAAUUGCUGCUGGGAAAUAUUUUAUCCUGUUAUCAUCCUAGAUUUGUUCAUGAAAUGUUACACUAUGAAUAGCCUUUCUUGUCUUUUGCCACCAAAAAGCUACCAUUUUCUUUCUUAUAUACAUGUUGCAUUUUCUUAGAUCUACAAUGAAUGAAAUGAACUGGUCAAAUGGAUUCUCUGAGAGUGUGGAAAAUUUAAGACAUGAAUAUGCCUCGCCUUUUCCCCUCUCCUUUCUCACUUCCUCCACUCCCUGUAAUAAAGAGAAUUUUACUUUUCUCUACUCAGUGCUUCUCCUUCCAUCCCCAUGUAAUAAUGUUCUAUCAUUGCCCCCGACUCUGGAGCAUGAAAUCUGAAGUUUGGACGCGAAGAAAAUUGGCUGAAGAUACAAAAUAAAAGGAAUCAGGUUUUUGUUUCCUGGCUCUUCUUGUUUAGAAUCUGAAUGAUGGGUACAAUAGGGCAAAUGUAAAGAAAAUUUUUAAAAGCACAGAAACUAAGCAAAUUUACAUCAUACGAAGCUGAGGGAUAUAGGUUGGGGAAGAGAGAGUCAGGAACUCUGUACGUGAGAGAGUCCAUUUUUGAUGUUUUUGUUUGUGCUAGAAAGUAUAGGUCCUCAAAUGGCUUUGGUUAUGAGAGAAUCAGGGAGGAAAGGAAAAAGGAUGUUUGAGAAGUGUUGCUGUGGAUUAUAGGAUCCUGUGUUACAUUCUUUGAGCUACGCAAUUAAAAAUUGGCAUUUGAUUUUCAAGUUUUUGUUGCUACAUUGUAUUCCUUUAAGUAUGACUGGGCUAUCAGAGAACUGGGAUUUAUUAGGGUUACACAAUCUUGUUCUCACAAUCUUGAAUGUAGCAAGUGCAGUCUACCUCAUUAACACAAAAUAUGUUUUAAAUUUAUCAUUGAGGUUUAGUGUGCAUUCCAUGAUUAUUAGUAAUUUCAAAAGUAUGACUUUUUCUCUAAUUUCAUUGCUUUUACUUAUCUUAUUUACUUCUCCUGCUAUCUGCGUAUAGGUGGUAAACAAACAAAUGUUGCCACUCUCAUUACUGAGAAAAAAAAAUGAUUGAUUGUUGGUCUGAAAAACAAAACAAAAACCAAAAAAAAUCCCGUGCAUCAAAAGACAACCCAGACACUUUGGUGAGAAAUAAAGGAAAAUUAGAGAAAGGUUUUCAGUUCUGUAGAAGCUGGAAUGAAAUAGAGUGUGCAUUUUGGUGGCUAAAGAAGUGGAGUUCAGUGGAAGCUGCAAGCAGCCGGAUAGAGAUUUUGUUCAGGACCCUAAGGAGAGAAAUGAGGACUGGACCAAGAAAUAGAAGCACACUGGCACCGACAUGAAAAUAAAGGUUCAUCACAGAUUACUGAAGACUGAACUUCAGAAAUGCAUAGAAAUGUUCAGGAAUGAGAGAACACGGGAACGUGUAUGUAUUACAUUGGGUUUCAUUUUCUGUUUUCUGUACUUGCACUUACCUACUUGAAUUCCCCAAUAUCUAAUAGAUUCAUUCAUUUUCCUUAUCUCCCGUCUUCAGCUCCUUAGCAUGAGAGCAUCAUCUUUUGCUUGGAUAAAAGUACUUCCUAGCUGGUCUCCCUGGCUUCUCUCUAGCCGUCUUCCAAUCUGUCUUCAACUGUACUGCCAAAGUGGAUUUUAAAUGGCACAAAUCUGAUCAUGCCUCUUGAGGGAAAGAAAUCCCACUGCUCUUAGUAGAAAGAGAAAAGAUCCCCAGCAUGGCCCUCAUGAUCUUGCCUGAUAAUCACCUGCCUCACUAACCUCAUCUUCUCCUCUCUCUCUUACUUUAUUCUCCAACUGCUUAAGCUGGGCCUUCUCCCUUCUACCACAUAGAGCUUCCCUCUCCCUGCCUUUCUCCCCUGCAUUUAGUUAACUCCUUCCCACCCUUCAGCCUCAGCUCAGGUAGCAGUGCCCCAGAGACACCUUUUCUGACCCUUCUGAUUCUCGAAGAUGUCAACCCACUCUACAUUCUCAUAGUAUUCUGUACAUUCAUGCAAAGAUCUUAUUAGCUUGUAAUUCUAUGCUUAUGUGAUUAUUUCAUUCAAAUUGCCUUGCCCCCUGGAUUUUAAGCUCCUUGAAGGCAAGGACAUUAGUUGUUUUACUUGUCGUUUUCCUACUGGUGCCCAGCAGAGACACGCACUUGAUGAGCAGCACUCAGUUGAUACUGUUGACUGAAUGGAUGAAUAGAGACAGUUGGUCCUUUUUUUGUUUUUACUGAAAUUAGCAAGAGUUUUUGGUCAACUUAAGGACCCUAGGCUCUUCAUGGUUGCAGGCGUACUGUGAAGGGAGAGUCUAAUGGGUAUUUAAGCAGGUGUCUGUCAGAGGACGGACCCAUCUUUCCUAAAAUCACAGCCACAGAAAAGCCAGAAGCACUUAAGCAGAGACAAUUCUGACAAAAAAAACCUUCAGUUCUGCUACAGAAGGCUUCUUUAGGUCUUUCAUUUCUUAUUAUGAAAGAGUUCUCUUCUUGAAGGAAGCACUUCAUCUGAUGUUUAACUCUGACUGUGUUCUUGCCACUCCUAACUAAUAGUAACAUAUAAAGUGAAUAGUAAAGAAACAUUAAUCCUCAUACUUUCAAAAGACUGGCCAGGAAUAAAUCCCUUGGAUUAAAAAACAUAUAUCUUCCAUCGAUAUUAUCUACAUUUACCUUUGAUUACCUUUAAUUUGUUGAUUUUUGUCAUUGAGCCUCUUCUUAACACUUUUCAAUAUUUUGGUUUUAAGAUAUCUCGUAUUAUAACAAAAUAGCUAAUUUAGCAAUUCAUUAGGUUUGUAAUUUAGCUACAUGAGCCAAGCAGCUAGUUUUUAUUGACUUUAUUUGAUUAUUUAGUAAAUGAACGGUUAUCACAGACAAGUAUACAAGCUCAAAAGCUUUCAAUUUCUUGCUGAAGUUGAACUAUUGACCAGGUUAUUUUUAGACUCAACAGUCUGGAAUUUUUUUUCUGCUUCUUAAUAAAACAACAGAUAUUUUCACAUUUAAAAGUUUCAGUAAUUCUGUAUGUACUACCAGUUCAAUUCUAAACUCUUUGCUGUGUCUAAACUCUUUUGCUGGGACCCAGGUAGUCCCAGCCUGAGUUCCUGAUUCUUGUCUCCAUUCUUGCCUUUUCUUUUUUCCCUCUUCCACUCCCCCGCCUCCUCCACAGGCUUGGAUCUGUGAAUUCAUCAUUCAUUCCAGAAACACUUUGAGGUGCUUUUAAAAUCCAUGUUUAGGCGGGGCAUGGUGGCUCAGGCCUCUAAUCCCAGCACUUUGAGAGGCCAAGGUGGGUAGAUUGCACGAGCUCAGGAGUUCAAGACCAGCCUGGGCAACAUGGCAAAACCCCAUCUCUACAAAACAAUACAAAAAUUAGCUGCGCAUGUUGGCACAUACCUGUAGUCCCAACUACUACUUGGGAGGCUGAGGUGGGAGGAUCACUGUGAGCCUAGGAGGUUGAGGCUACAGUGAGCUGAGACUGCACCACUGCACUCCAGCCUGGGUAACAGACACAGACCCUGUCUCAAAAAUUAAUAAUAAUAAUAAUAGUAAUAAUAGUACAAGUUUAGCAUCUAUAAUUGGAAUCAGAGCAAAAGUGCCAAUAUAGGAGUUAAUGUCUCUUUCUUGGUGUAGUCCAAACGUAAACACUAUUGGGCCAAUAUGGCAGCUCCCCUGUCCUAGGGACUUGGGUCUGUCUUGUUGCUCUCUUCUCCUGAAUGUGCAGCUUUCUUCUCAUUAUAAAUGGCUGUCCCAGCUCUCAGCAGUGACACAUGACUUGGGUAUUGGCACAUGCCAUUUCUGCAUCUGCCCAUUGACCAGAAUCUAGUCCCGUGGCCAUCCAAGUUGCAGGAGAAGCUGGGACAUUCAUCUUAGCCCAGCAGCCGAUGUCUAUCUCUAUUACUGUAAAUGAAGUAAAGAAUGGAUCAGGAGGGGACAACUAUGAAUCUUCAUGAUACCUACUAUGUUUCAGUCACUGUGCUAAGUGCUAGGGAUAUAGAGAUAAGUAAAGACUGAAUCUGGGGGAGAACUGAGUUUAGAAUGAGGACUUGGGGUAGAUCCCUGUUGUCUGAAGAUACCCUUCUUCGUAUACACUAUAGAAACACAAUUUGUUCUGUGUAUAUUCUGUAUGUAAUCUUCUGUGCUUUUGCAUCUUCUGCCCAUUGCCUGGGAUCCUUUCUCCCUCGCACUUUCCACUGAAUGCAAUUCUGUCCAUUCUGCAAGGCUAGCCCAAGUGUCCUCAUCUUUGUGAAGGCUCUAUUUUUCCUUCCAGGGAUAGUUAGGAGUUUUUCCUUGGCGUUCCCAUUGCUCUGAAACACUGCGUUCUCUUUCCUCUGUUUUUUGAGAUGGAGUCUCCGUCUGUCACCCAGGCUGGAGUGCAGUGGCAUGAUCUCGGCUCACUGCAACCUCUGCCUCUUAGGUUCAAGCAAUUCUCCUUCCUCAGCCUCCCGAGUAGCUGGGAUUACAGACAUGUGCCACCCUGCCCAGCAGAUUUUUGUAUUUUUAGUAGAGACAAGGUUUCGUCAUGUUGGUCAGGCUGGUCUCAAACUUCUGACCUCAGGUGAUCUGCCCACCUGGGCCUCCCAAAGUGCUGGGAUUAUAGGCGUGAGCCACCGCCCCCAGCCUCCUCAGUUCUUAUACGUGCCUAGAGGAAUACAUGGAUUGUAUUUUAUUCAUUUCAUAUCCCCAGCACCUUAGCACAGCACUGAGCAAACAGAAGGUGCUCUAUAAAUGUUUGCCGAAUCAAAUUAGUUAGUGCUUGGAAUCCUUUUGUGGAUUCUUGAAUGACAAGGUGGGUGGAAUAUCUAAUGAAUGGGGGAAUCUCUCUUAUAUUGUGUAUAAAAAUAUCAUAGUUAAUAAAAAGUUAAGUGAAUUCCAAAUCAAAUUCAGAAUCAUAGAAGGGGUAGAUCAUUUCCCCAGUGUUUUCAUCUUAUUCUAACUUUAAGCUAAAUUUUUAUUCUUUAUUCAGUUAUUCCAGUAAAAAUGUGGUGAUAGAGGUGAUGAAAGGGCCUUAAGAAAAAACUUGAGGCCGGGCAUGGUGGGUCACGCCUGUAAUCCCAGCACUUUUGGAGGCCGAGGCGGGAGGAUCACGAGGACUGGAGUUCAAGACCAGACCUCCCACCGUGGUGAAACCCCAUCUCUACUAAAAAUACAAAAAUUUAGCCAGGCUGGUAGCGGGCACCUGUAAUCCCAGCUACUCAGGAGUCUGAGGAAGAAGAAUCACUUGAACCCAGGAGGCAGAGGUUGCAGUGAGCUGAGAUCAUGCCACUGCACUCCAGCCUGGGUGACAAGAGCGAAACUCUGUGUCAAAAACAAACAAACAAGCAAACAAAAAACAAAAAAAAACUUGAAUUUUAAUUAUGUGUUCUUUUAUAUUACUCAGUGUUCCUUUCACUGGAGUUUCUUUAAAAAAUCAAAUUGAAGUCCUACCUACUAGGAAUAUAUCAUGUAUGGUUCAGAAAAUUGUGAGGGAUUUUUUUUUUUCCAGGAUGUACUUCAAGAGCCAAUUUACAGUGUAAUUCAGAAAUUUGGUUUUACUCUAGGUUUCUGAUUUAAUCACUAAAGUGUCCUUAUUUUCUGUCUGUAGACUAUGUUAUUUUCCUUUUGGACCUUCAAAUCCCCAAAGGUUUAACUAGUAUAUGAUAGGACCAUAGAAUUUUCACAGACUAUGUAGAUUAUAUAAGUUUCAGGGUUUAAAUUAUGCUAUUGCUUAUAUUACUGAUAAACAAAACAUGGAAUCAUUUUGGGACCCAGUUUGUCAGUCAAAUAAGGAGAUUAAGGCAGAAUUUUUUUUUCACCUCUAUCAACCUCUUAGACUAUUAGUAAUAAUAUAAAAGUGUUGCUUUAAAUCAUAGACUUUAAAGGCCAGGCAUGGUGACUCACACUUGUAAUCCUAGCACUUUGGGAGUCUGGGGCAGGAGAAUGGCCUGGAGCCAGGAGUUUGAGACCAGCCUGGGCAACAAAGUGAGACCCCUGUCUCUACAAAAAAAUUUUAAAAAUUAGGCUGGGCACUGUGGCUCAGUGUAAUCUCAACACUUUGAGAGGCCAAGGUGGGCAGAUCACUUGAGUCCAAGAGUUCAAGACCAGCCUGGCCAACAUGGUGAAACUCCAUCUCUACUAAAAAAAAAAAAAAAAAAAAAGUACAAAAAGUAGCCAGGUGUGGUGGUGCACACCUGUAGUCCCAGCUACUCAGGAGGCUGAGGCAGGAGAAUUGCUUGAACCCUGGAGGUGGAGGUUGCAGUGAGCCAAGGUUGUGCCACUGCACUCCAGUCUGGGUGACAGAGUGAGACUCUGUCUCAAAAAAAAAAAAAAAUUUAAGCAGGUGUGGUGGCAUGCACCUCCAAUUCUAGCUACUUGGGAGUCUGAGGUGGGAGGACUGCCUGAGCAAGGCAAUCAAGAGUUCAAGACUGCAGUGAGCCAUGAUUGCACCACUGCACUUCAGCUUGGGCAGUAGAGUAAGACCCUAUCUCAAAAAAGCCUUGAGAAAAUACUGGUAAAGUGUUGAGAAUUAAUUAUCUUUUAUUUUUCCAGGAACCUAAAGGAUGUAGUGGUGGUUAAUCUGUGACAUGAAAUCAUUAACAUACCUUCUUAGGUCUCAACAGAAUAUGGAAUGACUUGGGCAUGGGUGCAAAUUUGGAUCAAUAUCUAUGACACACUAAAGAUAUUGCAUAUUAGAAUGCCUGAUAUCAUACCAAUGAACAGCUGAAUCUCCACAUGUCUUAAUGAUUCAUCUUUUUAGGUCUGACAUGUACAAGGUCUUUAGGGAGAAUAUUAGGAUCAGCUCAGUCCCUGAAAACUGGGUCUUUAGGGAAAGAUCUAAAUAAUAGCUUACAAAGAAUAUUGACUUGGGAGCUCUCACACUUGGAAGGCAGCCUUAUGUAGUUUAUUAUAUCUAAAUCAUAGGUGGUAUGAGAUCUAAUGAAUUAAUGAGGUCUGAGUCGGAUCAAAUUCGCCUUCCAGAGUUGUGUUUAUUUAACAUGCUUUAACCCAGAAAAUGAACAUUUGCCAGUGAGCACCAAACAACUGUGCGCCGCAGUGCUUGAGCGAGUCAGGUCCUGAGGCCACUCUGGCGAUCCUCCUUACAAUUCAUGUGAAAUACCUACUGCAGGACAAAGCAUCUGACGGUUUGGAGGAUGUUUCUGUAGUCCUAGGAAUCCACAGUGAAUUCGAGUCUAGACUCAGUCAUUUUUCAGGGUCAGGGGAGGAGGGAGAAGUAGCAAAUCAGAUAUGCCCAAAACGUUACAGAGGUAACAGUGAAUCCAGGAUGCUGCUGUCAGCCUGUGCAUUGUGAAGAAGGCAAUCAUAGGCGAGCAGCCGCGGGAGCAGGAACAGCAGCGUGCUAAGAAGCAGUCACAUAAACAGCAGCAGGAGUAGGCCUCCUGCUUUUCAAAAGCAGAGUACUGCAGGGUCGCGAAAUGCAAGACACUCAGAUGUUUGAAAAUCUCCCGAGUUGAGAAUGGCUACUGUAAAAGCGUCACCAAGAAACUCUGAUGAUCUGGACAGUCCUAACUCUGUGUUAGCAAUACUUACUUCCGGAAAAUUAAUGCUACUUCUUGUAGAUUUUUGCAAAUAGGAAACCCCCUUGAAGAAGAUCUCAAAUUACGCCCCCCACCCCCAAAAAAAGACAAACAGGGGAGAACAAAGUUUUGGCAUGCCUGCAGGAACGGUGGCUUUUUUAGAAACUACCUAGGAGGCAGAAGCUAAGUGAUUUGCUCAUGCCUCUUACCUGGGAGUAGAAGGUGGGAAGAAAUGGACCGAGGCUGUGACGAGAAGACAAGGCACAGUGCAGCUUGGUGAAGCCACACGCUGACUGCGUUCUGCCCCCUCUUCAUGCAGUGCUGCGGGCUGGUGCAUCGCCGGCGAGUACGGGUGUCCUAUGGUUCGGCAGACUCCUACACUAGCCGUCCAUCCGAUUCCGAUGUAUCUCUGGAGGAGGACCGGGAGGCAGUGCGCAGAGAAGCGGAGCGGCAGGCCCAGGCACAGUUGGAAAAAGCAAAGACAAAGCCCGUUGCAUUUGCGGUUCGGACAAAUGUCAGCUACAGUGCGGCCCAUGAAGAUGAUGUUCCAGUGCCUGGCAUGGCCAUCUCAUUCGAAGCAAAAGAUUUUCUGCAUGUUAAGGAAAAAUUUAACAAUGACUGGUGGAUAGGGCGACUGGUAAAAGAAGGCUGUGAAAUCGGAUUCAUUCCAAGCCCAGUCAAACUAGAAAACAUGAGGCUGCAGCAUGAACAGAGAGCCAAGCAAGGGAAAUUCUACUCCAGUAAAUCGGGAGGAAAUUCAUCAUCCAGUUUGGGUGACAUAGUACCUAGUUCCAGAAAAUCAACACCUCCAUCAUCUGCUAUAGACAUAGAUGCUACUGGCUUAGAUGCAGAAGAAAAUGAUAUUCCAGCAAACCACCGCUCCCCUAAACCCAGUGCAAACAGUGUAACGUCACCCCACUCCAAAGAGAAAAGAAUGCCCUUCUUUAAGAAGACGGAGCACACUCCUCCGUACGAUGUGGUACCUUCCAUGCGACCAGUGGUCCUAGUGGGCCCUUCUCUGAAGGGCUACGAGGUCACAGAUAUGAUGCAAAAAGCGCUGUUUGAUUUUUUAAAACACAGAUUUGAAGGGCGGAUAUCCAUCACAAGGGUCACCGCUGACAUCUCGCUUGCCAAACGCUCGGUAUUAAACAAUCCCAGUAAGCACGCAAUAAUAGAAAGAUCCAACACAAGGUCAAGCUUAGCGGAAGUUCAGAGUGAAAUCGAAAGGAUUUUUGAACUUGCAAGAACAUUGCAGUUGGUGGUCCUUGAUGCGGAUACAAUUAAUCAUCCAGCUCAACUCAGUAAAACCUCCUUGGCCCCUAUUAUAGUAUAUGUAAAGAUUUCUUCUCCUAAGGUUUUACAAAGGUUAAUAAAAUCUCGAGGGAAAUCUCAAGCUAAACACCUCAACGUCCAGAUGGUAGCAGCUGAUAAACUGGCUCAGUGUCCUCCAGAGCUGUUCGAUGUGAUCUUGGAUGAGAACCAGCUUGAGGAUGCCUGUGAGCACCUUGCCGACUAUCUGGAGGCCUACUGGAAGGCCACCCAUCCUCCCAGCAGCAGCCUCCCCAACCCUCUCCUUAGCCGCACAUUAGCCACUUCAAGUCUGCCUCUUAGCCCCACCCUAGCCUCUAAUUCACAGGGUUCUCAAGGUGAUCAGAGGACUGAUCGCUCCGCUCCUAUCCGUUCUGCUUCCCAAGCUGAAGAAGAACCUAGUGUGGAACCAGUCAAGAAAUCCCAGCACCGCUCUUCCUCCUCAGCCCCACACCACAACCAUCGCAGUGGGACAAGUCGCGGCCUCUCCAGGCAGGAGACAUUUGACUCGGAAACCCAGGAGAGUCGAGACUCUGCCUACGUAGAGCCAAAGGAAGAUUAUUCCCAUGACCACGUGGACCACUAUGCCUCACACCGUGACCACAACCACAGAGACGAGACCCACGGGAGCAGUGACCACAGACACAGGGAGUCCCGGCACCGUUCCCGGGACGUGGAUCGAGAGCAGGACCACAACGAGUGCAACAAGCAGCGCAGCCGUCAUAAAUCCAAGGAUCGCUACUGUGAAAAGGAUGGAGAAGUGAUAUCAAAAAAACGGAAUGAGGCUGGGGAGUGGAACAGGGAUGUUUACAUCCGCCAAUGACUUUUGCCCUUUUGUGUGUGUUUUUUUUUUUUUGAAGUCUUGUAUAACAGCAUCCCCAAAACAAAGUCUUUGGGGUCUACACUGCAAUCAUAUGUGAUCUGUCUUGUAAUAUUUUGUAUUGCUGUUGCUUGAAUAGCAAUAGCAUGGAUAGAGUAUUAAGAUACUUUUUCUUUUGUAAGUGCUACAUAAAUUGGCCUGGUAUGGCUGCAGUCCUCCGGUUGCAUACUGGACUCUUCAAAAACUGUUUUGGGUAGCUGCCACUUGAACAAAAUCUGUUGCCACCCGGGUGAUGUUAGUGUUUUAAGAAAUGUAGUUGAUGUAUCCAACAAGCCAGAAUCAGCACAGAUAAGUGGAAUUUCUUGUUUCUCCAGAUUUUUAAUACGCAGGCACCUGAUUUGCAUAUUCAUUCAUGGACCACUGUUUCUUGCUUGUACCUCUGGCUGACUAAAUUUGGGGACAGAUUCAGUCUUGCCUUACACAAAGGGGAUCAUAAAGUUAGAAUCUAUUUUCUAUGUACUAGUACUGUGUACUGUAUAGACAGUUUGUAAAUGUUAUUUCUGCAAACACCUUCUUAUUAUAUAUAAUAUAUAUAUAUCAGUUUGAUCACACUAUUUUAGAGUCUUAAUGCCAAGUCAGCAGAUAUGCUUUAUGAAUUACAGGGACUAGAAAUGCCCACAUUCAGGAAAUUUGUAAUAACAUUGUCUAGACACCUAUCCUCAUUCUAGUAGAAAGUGUGUACAUACUGUAAAUAUGUGUGAUUGCUUGACUUGAAAAGGUUUGAAUUCUGAAUGUUAUACCAUCCUUGUAAGUUUGUAAUUUCCACCAUAAAUUAUGGUAAAUAUAAAACUCCAGAGGUUGUUCUACUCCAUACAGUUCACACUGAUUGUGACACAUUCUUAGUAGCUAGUGUCUGUUCUAGUCACUGCACUGGAGUCUACGAGCCGGAACUCGCUAUAUGCACGUGUGUGUGUCCGUAUGUAAGAAAGAGUGUGCAUCGAGUGACUGAAUGGUUGAGAUGAAUUGGAAUGCUGAAGACUAAUGAAGAAACUAGAGACUGAUAUCGAGCAUUCUGCCCACCUGGCUCUGUAUUUAAUUGUGCUAUAUGUUGCUUUAAUAACCCAUUGAGCAGUCAGUCAGGGAAUGUGAGUAAGCUUGCUGCCAAAGGUAACUAGGAAAGCAUUCAUCUGCUGCCUCCUUGUUUUUGCUCCUAGAGAGUGAAAAUACAGGCAAUUUUACUGUGAGUGUUUCACUGGAAAUGUACAAUCUUUCUGUGUUAGAGUAUUUGUUUUAGUAAGAAAUGUUUACACAGCUUGUGGAAUUAUUUCGUGGGAAAAUAAAUUUUUAUAACUUCUCCCACUUCAUUUUCUAACCUUGCCUAUUGUUCCUGUUGUUUACCUCCCAGUUACCUACCAUUCCUCCCCACCACCGACUCCAGCAGGUUCACUGUCUGUCAGAACCCAGAAGUGCUUCUUAUAACCAAAGUUUCUGUUCUUCAGAAGAAAUCAGGGCAAAAUGGGGUGACUUGAAGUGAAUAAAAUGUUAAGAAUAUUAUCCUACAUAAGACAUGUACACAGAAGGGGAACCUUGAAGACAUUAUCUCCAUGCCUCAAUUACACUGCUGUAAGAAGAUUACAAUGUCAUCAUGUUUAAGGCUAAGACCUUUUCCGUGUCUCAAGUGUAUAUUUUGUCCAGUUAUAACUGGAUGGUAAGACAGUAUUAAGAGUGCAAGUACCUGGCACUUGAAGUUUGUCCCAGGAAAAUGCCUGUGUAUAAUUACCUAACUUCAGAUCUGCACAUUAACUUAUUUAACAAAAUAAAUCAGCCGGGCGCAGUGGCUCAUGCCUGUAAUCCCAGCAAUUUGGGAGGCUGAGGAGGGUGGAUCACCUGAGGUCAGGAGUUCAAGACCAGCCUGGCCAACGUGGCGAAACCCCGUCUCUACUAAAAAGAUAAAAAAUUAGCCAGGUGUGGUGGUGCACACCUGCAAUCCCAGCUACUUGGGAGGCUGAGGCAGGAGAAUUGCUUGAACCCAGGAGGUGGAGGCUGCAGUAAGCCAAGAUCACACCACUGUACUCCAGCCUGGGCGACAGAGUGAGACUCCAUCUCUAAAAAAGAAAAAAAAAAAAAAAAAAAAAAAAACUAUCCAGCAAAAUUAUAAAAUCUACUUUGUUUUGCUUCCUUGAUUAGUCCAAGUUCUUACCAAAUAUUCUUAGCCUUUUAUAAGUAAAACUGUUUUACAUUUAACUCCUUAUUUCCCUUACCCCCAAGAAAAUGCAAUAUUAAAAAUGAUUAAGCUGGGGUGGUAGAGUAUACCUGUAGACCCAGCUACUUGGGAGGCUGAGAUAGGAGGAUCCCUUGAGCCCAGGAGGUGGAGACUGCAGUGAGCCGUGACUGUACCAAUGCACUCCAGCCUGGUGACAACCUGGUGUCUAAAAAAAAGAAAAUAAAAAUUAGUUACAUAUAUAAUGUUUUAUCAGCUUAUAUAUGAAAAAAUUUCCCUCAGUUUGUUAAUUAGCCCUACACUGUUUACAUGAAUUUAUUUACUGAGUAUAAAAUCAGUAGUCAUAAUAAACUUGACAAUUCUUACAUUGGUAGGAAACCAUAUUCUAAUUAAAAUUGAUUUUAUAAAAUAUUUCUGAUAAAACUUUUGUCAUGGUAAGAGAUUCACAAUUAUUAGUUCAAUCCUUUAUUAUUUCAUCCCAAUUAAUGAUUUUAGAAUAUUUAAAUUCUUGAAACAUAGCUCGUAUUUAUCUUACUUGCUGCUAUCAUUAAUCCCUUUCAAAAAGUAGUGGUGAGAGUUUCCAUCUUUUUUAUUUUGUAUCUAGAUUCUUAGCUUGCACUUUACUGUAGAACAUAUUAGUGCAAAUCACAAUAUUCCUCACAGAACUAGCUUGAAGGAUUUGACGUAAGAGCCGCUAUAUGUGAAAAACUGUAUAGUGGACAUAUGUGUAAACUGUGUAGUAAAUCUGUAAAUGAGGAAAUACUCUCAAGGGCAAUGGGAUAUUUACUGACCCGUGGAAUGUAAAGUUACAGUCUUUUCACACAACAAAGGCUUAACCUUAACCUACUCAGUUGUAGAGCCAUUUUUGUAGUCAACCUAGAAAAUGCUGGAAAUGUAUUUAAUAGUUUUUUUUUUUUGGUCAUAUCCAUUUCAGUCUUUCCUAUGCUCUUUCUCUACUGCUCAUUUAAGUUACUGUUACAAAAAGGUGCUGCUAAAUGUAGGAUGUCUUAGUCAUGUUGUACUUUGGGACAAUGCCACAUUUUUAACAUGGUCUGCUAUGCAUUCCUGUUAAACAUUCACUGUCAGCUACACUGAACUGUCUAACAAACCUGGUUUAAAGUAAUUCAUAUAAAACAAAUAAAGAGCUGGCUUCUGCACUGUUUAUUAGUAGUAGUAUUAAUUGCCAUGUUAGAAAUGAUUCAUGUAGUUGAGACUAUAUUAAAUAUUCAACACUUCACAGCUGCAGGGCAUCUUUCUUGGGGCAAUGCUAAAUACUUUAUGUUUCUUUAGUAAUCUUCCUAUUAUGUCUGAUUAAAAAAAAAGAUACCUCCAUGUAGAUAAAAUAUUUUAUUCAACGUGAGCUCUAGUAGAAUAAUCUGGGUCAGUUAUGAGUUCUGGAUCAAGUGUUUAAUUUCUGCUGUGCUGUACUUUUAACUAUUUGUACUUUGCUUCAUUAUUUAAAACAUGACACAGGGUUUUAAAGUAAAUGUACUCACUGUUGAACUUAAGUACUUCUUCUGUUUCAUAGAAAUGUUAAUAUUAAAUGUUAAAAUAUAUAUUAAUUUUCCCUCACAUUUCCCUGAUUUUUUCACCUUAUUGCAUUUUUUUCUUAUACUGCUAUGUCCCAUAAGUUUAUGUGAUUUUCCAAUUUGCUUAAGUUUUUGAAAGGAAGAAACCCACUGAAAAUUAGCUCUGUUCAAGGAAAAAUUCUGAAUAGUAUUCUUUGUCCUGUUUCCGAUAUGUAAAUACUUUUCUUCUAUUUACUGGCAUUGGUUGUAUUUUGAUAUUUGUUGGUAUUAAUCAAACAUUUACACCAGUAAAAGUUUGUUGCCAGGCUGA